UUGGGAAAUGUUUAGCUUUUUUGAACAAUUCGUCCAUUUCGUGAUAAAUUAAAAGGUGAUAAGAGCAAAACAGCAACUACCGCAGCCAUCAUCAUCAACUACUGCAGCCAUUCCAUUUGGAAAAGUGCCAAAAAAGUGGAAAUCCUAGAAAUUGCUCUCAGAUCCACGGAACGAACGAUCCAAGAAGAGGCUGAAUCAACGGAAAACGAUCGAAAUCACUAGCGAUGAUCACUCACUAUCGAUGUAAACCACAAAAAGAACAUAUAACGAUCCCAAUUGGCAUUAACUUUUCUCUUUACUCUCCGAGUGGCACCGACUAAAUGAUUUUUCCAUCUUGCAGAAAAGUUUUAAAUGUUUUACGAGCAUUUACGGCCCAGCCGACAGUGAAAAUGUUGCGGAAGUGUAUAUCGUGCCACACGCAAGCAAAUGGCAUGAUAGGUAUCUAUCAGCACCCAAAUGGAUUGGAUAUUAUGUUUCAUACCGUAACGGGGGUCCAGGUCGAAACCGAAGAUCACCUGUGUGUACCGUGCUAUGAAGAGAUGAAGGCGGCAUAUCGGUUCAAGGAGCGAAGCAUUCAAAACAACGCCCAACGUUUAACUGCGAAAUCGGCCAACAACAGCACACUGUCCGCUGUUGGUGAUACUGGACCCAGCCUGGAUGUGUGUAUAGUUAACGAACCGCUCCGCACGACAGAGCAGAUCAAUGGAAACCCGCGACAGGAAAAUAUUCGGCAGUUGAAAGAGGAAGCACAUCUGAAUGCUAUCGAAUUAUCAGUAGAAGAAUUCAUCAUACACGAUGCUCAGCAGAACGUGAGAGAAGAUGAAACGGAAAUGGUUAAGGAAUAUGCCAAUGAAUCAAUGAAAGAGCAACCACCGAGCCAAUAUGAGUUGACCAGUGACAGUAUGGAAGAGCGAAUACCAACUACUCGUGCCACACGAAAAGCAAACGCUUCCCCCUCGAAAUCAGGAGCUUCGAAAGAAUUGAGUUUAGCCAAAAAGUCCUACAAUUUGCCGCAGCUACACAGCUUGAUGUGCGAAUACUGUUUCAAGGUGUUUACGGAACUGGCGGAAAAAAUUGAACACUCGGGCACGCAUCAAUCGGAAGCAAAGCCAUACAAAUGCUUCCAUGACGGAUGCAGUGGUUCUUUCAAGGAUCGAAAGGGUCUGCGGUCUCAUGUACGCGUUCAUGCGCCUGUGAAACGACACGUUUGUAGCCAGUGUCCGAUGCGGUUUCACACGAACCACAAUCUGGCGGCACACGAGCGGACGCACAACGGACAGAAGCCCUUUGUCUGCCCAAAGUGUCACAAAAGCUUUGCAGAGGCGGGCAAUCUGAAAAGCCACAUCCGUUUCCAUACCGACGAGCGGCCAUAUCUGUGCACGGUCUGUGAUAAAUCCUUCCGUACGCAUUACUCCCGCACGGUGCACACUCGAUCGCACUCCAACGAUCGACCGUACGUGUGCGAAGAGUGUGGUAAGGGAUUUAUCACCAAUGGCAAACUCACAAUUCACCGGCGUACACACACCCAAGAGCGACCGUACAAAUGCGGUUCCUGUGAAUCCCGGUACGUCGACAGCUCAGCCCUUCGCAAGCAUCAAAGAAAAGUGCACGGUGUUAACAUCUAGCGUGUACAUAGCAACUGGAGCAAAAUGUAUUAUUUUCUGUUGCGAAUCAUAGUAGCACAGGACGUUCUUUUCAUCUCAUUAUUUCUAAAUCAUUUCCUUCGUCUAUAUAGAAAUCUAAAUGUGAAGUACAAAUUGUGGGUGAAAAAUAAACUACAUAAAGAAAAAAAAAC